ACGAAACAUCACUUUGACUGAAUUUAAAGCUUCACUCAGACCAGUCUUCACAUGAGCUAAGACAUACAUCUGGAUUGUUGCAAGUUUUAGGUUUGUGACUUCCUAUUACUGUACACAUACGCCCAUGAGGCAAGUGCUGCACCGGGUAAUACAGAAGCAUAACAUGACAGAGAUCUCAUCAGACCUGCCAGGGACAGAGGAAAAGAUUGCAUCAGUGGGAAGCAAAAGGCCAAGUUAAGUUUCAACAUCAAGAGGUCUGCCCUCCAAGAUGGUGUACUGUCCUGACAUCCCGACGACAAAUAUCAGCGUUUAUCACCCAUCAAACCAAACAAACAAGAUGAGCUCUUUGAGCGCGUUCACCAUUUCCCUCCAUGGCAUUUUCUCCUCCAUUGGCAUCAUAGAGAACCUCCUCAUCCUGUGGGUAGUGGGCUUCCAUGUCCGCCGCUCUGUCAUCAGGAUCUGGAUCCUGAACCUCGCCGCCUCCGACCUGCUGGCUACUGCCUCCCUGCCCUUCUUCACCCUCUACAUGGCCCGCGGCAGGACCUGGACCUUGGGCACAACCUUCUGCCGCAUCCAUUCGUCCAUCUUCUUUCUCAACAUGUUUGUCAGUGGCUACCUGCUGGCGGCCAUUUCUAUGGACCGCUGCCUGGUGGUGCUGAGACCCGUCUGGGCCCAGAACUACAGGAACUUCAAACUCGUGGGGAGGAUAUGUGGGGUGAUAUGGGCCUUGGCUGUGGUCUCCACCAUCUCCUUCUACAUAUUCCGUGACACCAUUGUCCUACCUAACGGCAAGAUCCUCUGUUACUACAAUUAUGCUCGAUUCCUCCCUGCUGAACCAUUUGACCUGGGAUCUUUAUGUCAGCAGCGCAAAGAGGCCUUAGUCUUCAUGAAGCUUUUCCUGUCCUUCCUGAUCCCUCUACUGAUCAUCAUCCUCAGCUAUGCCGGCGUGAAUGUCGUCUUGGCACGCAGAGGCGGCCGGCGCCCUUUCCGUUUCGUUCGACUUGUAGUGGCUGUGGUGGUGAGCUUUGUACUCUGCUGGGCUCCGUACCACUUCUUCAUCAUCAUGGAGGUGAUGGCUCCCAUUGGGCAUCCUGCCCAUAAACUUGCAGUCACGGCCCUCCCGAUCUCAGCAAGCAUCAGCUUCCUCAACAGUGUCCUCAACCCCAUUCUGUACGUGUUCAGCUGCCCUGACCUGUGCAGGAAGAUCAGACAUUCUCUGGGUGCGGUGAUGGAGAGCGUCCUGGCUGAGGAUCUGGCAGAGUUUGCCCGACGCCGAAGCACUGCUCACAGCUCUUUCUCCACCACUGAGAUUGUGUUGAAGCAGAGGAAUUCGAUAACAACCUUAUGUCUGAAAGGAGAGGAUCGGGAGAAAAAUGAAAGUCUUGCUGAACCUGCUGAGAACUGAACGAAAAUGUACCGCAAUAAUGGCCAGACUUUUGUUUACUUCUUGGCUUAGUAUCAGUACAUUCUAGCAUCUAACAUUCACUUCCUGUCGCUUCCUGUAGGCUCUUUUCACAGCAGCCAUUAUGACAGGUGAAUAAUUACACCUGUGAUUACCCUGCAAUGGCAUGUCAAAAUGGCUGCUGUGAACAGGGCCUAUAGAAAGUGAGUAGAGUUGGGCAGGUAGGCCACGGUCAAAUGGAUCACUAGACCCAGACUAAGCCUAUUAAAGAGCCAUUUAUUCACAACCCUUUUCAAUUGGCUGGAAAAAAACAGAAUUGGUAAUUUAAUAAUGAAGAAAUAUCCUAAGAGGGCUAAAGACAUUUGGUCCGUAGAUCAUUAUAAUGUUUAAUGUAAUUACUUAAGACAUGCCAAAAGCAAACCCUCGGUUGGCAUAAAUACUUCCCUUCUAGGCUUUUAAUUUGAAACAUUGGCAUGAUGUAUUACAUAUCAUUGAUGGAAAGAUCCCCUCGACUAAAAUGUAUGGUGCUUUAAAUGUCUCAACCAUUAUUCAAACUGUUUUCAUACCUGACUGAUAUCACUGUAGCAUACUUGGUUAUAUUCCCAUGAGCAUUCAAGGAUUUAGUCAGCAUUCCUCUGCAGUGUGUACUCGUAACCCCUAAAUUAAUGACAAUUGCCAGAACAAUCAUAUAGCUUUCAGCACAAUUUUUUUAUUUUGACUUCUAUGCUUGGCUGAUUUGUAUGUUUUGUUGAAUGACCCAUAUAUUAUUGCUUUUUUUUGUUGAUUGCUUUGUAAAUAUGAGGUGUCUCUCACUCGAUGUUAUCAACAAGAGCUGACACAAGAUACAUUUUUGUUAUCCAGAAUGCGCUUGUUUUUUUUCCCCAUCAUGUUUACAAAUACAGAAUUGUUGUCAUAAAUUUCCAUUAUUGUUAUAAUUCCCAUUCAUGUAGCAUCUAUAUGUAUUAAUGCUGAGACAUAUCUAAACAUUAAUAAAGAAUGACUGAUAGCAAACACGUGAUUGAACAUGAACUUUUAAUUAUUGUAA